UAUAUUAUCUUGAUUGUAAAGAUACAGUAAAUGUAUGUUAUCUACAGGAGUAGAGUUUGCGGCCAGGGUGAUAAGGUUGUCACUAAUAAAAUAAUGUAACGACCCUGGGUUUAUAAUCGCGGAAAUCGUCCCUGCCGCACGAGCAUGCUUUUGCGGCACAGUCGACAGCGCGCCGGACCUCGGGCUCGAAAGUCGAGGGUUCGAGACCUGCUCCCUGCUGUUUCAUUACAAUAAUUUACAUUGCAACUAAGAGUUUGAUGAAACCCGCAAGGAUUUAUCUUUCUUUUGGAAAUGACUUUGCUCUGUCCAUAUUCGGGUUCCUGAUAUGUCAAAGUGCAACUAGCUACGCUAGAGCUCUGAACUCAUGGGUCACUUUACUGCAUCAUAAGACAGUAUAUAGGCUACUGCACUUUGAGGUUAUCUACAGAAAUUGUUCAAUACUUCCUUAAUUGGGAUUGGACAAUUCUUAACCCACCCUGUGUUCUGAAACUAUUAAAUUCACCCCUUCACUUUCUUUCCUUUUUGUACAUUUACUCGUUGUCUUUGCUUUUCUCUCUCAGUAUUUUUCCUGCUCUCUUCUCAGUAGAUGAGACUUCCUCUUCACUCCUUGUCUCUCAUCUCGAGGAGCUUGUCUGAUAGGCUGUCUGCUAUCCCCGGUAGGCGGGGAGUGUGUGGCGCUGCGAUGCGAUUGGUGCAGUUCUGCCGCCAAGGCGAUGAGGGAGGGGUUAGAGUCGGUGUUGAUCGUGGGGAGGGGCUAGGGGUCGUUGACCUUAAGGCCUUUGACCCUUCGAUGCCCAUGACAAUGAGAGAGCUGCUGGAGAUGGGAGCGAAGGGCAUGCAGUGUGCACAGAGGGCACUGGAGGUUAGUCCUGCUCAGUGUGUGGUUCCCUUUGCGGAGGUGAGGCUGCUGUCCCCAGUCCUAGCCCCAGAGAAGGUGGUGUGUGUGGGGAUGAACUACCGGGACCACUGCCUUGAGCAGAAUGCCCCUAUCCCUAAAGAGCCAAUCAUCUUCAGCAAGUUCCCCAGCGCCAUUACUGGGCCCUUUGAUGACAUCACACUGCCUGACGAGAGCCAGGAGGUGGACUGGGAGGUGGAGCUAGCCUUUGUGAUUGGACGAAAGGGGAAACACAUUAAGGAAGAGGAUGCUAUGUCUUACGUGGCAGGUUUCACCGUUGCCAACGAUGUCAGCGCACGUGAUUGGCAGAUGAAACGCAACGGGAACCAGUGGCUGCUGGGAAAAACCUUUGACAGCUUUUGUCCUCUCGGCCCCGCCUUAGUGACCACCUCCGCUGUGACGGACCCCCAUAACCUGGGUAUCCGCUGUCUGGUAAAUGGAAUUGCAGUCCAGAACAGCAACACUGACCAGCUGAUCUUUAAGACUGAGCAAGUGGUGGCCUGGGUCUCACAGUUUGUGACGUUGUCUCCAGGUGACGUGUUUCUGACGGGGACUCCUCCAGGUGUGGGUGUGUUCAGGAACCCACCUGUCUUCCUCAAGAAAGGAGAUGUGGUGGAAUGUCAAAUAGACCAGGUCGGGGUCAUACGCAACAAUGUUGUCUGAACUCUGACCUCUGAAGCAGCCAGCCUAUUGGACAGCUCUCUCUUCAAUCUUGAUUCAGCUCUCUUUGGACCCAAGUGUCAUUAAUCUAGUCUACUGUAAAUCAGAUCUAAUCCAUGUUUGAAAGGCUUUGUUUACACAGGAAGCUCAAUUAUGAUAUUUUUCCCCAAUUAUUGGCAAAAGCUCUAAUCUGAUAGGUCAAAGGAUCCAAAUUAGACUGCCUGUGUAAACAGCCAAAGAUGGUGAAUUAGGUUUGUAAACUAUCAAUCUAACUAAAGUUGCACAUUUUUUUGUGGAUUGUCUAUAGAAUUGAAUAGAUUACUUUUAUAAAUGCAAGUUCUUUA